AUGGCAACUUAUCAAGAAACAGUAUCGGCGGCGUUGCAACACCGAGAUGUUGGCCUCUCCAAGGUUGAACCUAAGCUGCAAGGCAUCCCAGAUGAACUCCCACUUAACUGUCAAAGUCUUCCCAAGGCUGUUUUGACGGCACGAGAGAUUGAGAUCACUGAGAACUACUCUGUCGCUGAGCUUCUCGAUGUGCUACGCAAGAGAGAAAUCAAGGUCGAAGAGGUUACCCGAGCGUUUUUGCGGAGAGCUGCUGUGGCUCAAGCCGCCACGAACUGCUUAGUCGAGCUCAUGUGGGAUCAAGCUAUCGAGCGUGCCAGAUAUCUCGAUUCACUGCCUGAGCCUAAGGGAAUGCUUUUUGGACUGCCCAUCUCUGCCAAGGAACACCACGGAAUGGUAGGAGAUAACGUCACGACUCACGCCUCAUUCGUCGCAUGGAUUGGUAAAGCACAUGGCUCUAAUCUUCUCUAUGACGACUUGUAUGCCGAAGGUUGUGUCUUUUACACACGAACGACCCAGCCACAGACAAUUAUGCACCUUGAGACCAACAGUACCAUCUAUGGACGAACUGUCAAUCCGUACAACCGUGAUUUGACGUCUGGUGGAAGCAGUGGUGGCGAGGGAGCUUUGAUUGGGCUUCGUGGAAGUCUACUGGGUGUUGGCGGUGAUAUUGGCGGCAGUAUUCGUUGUCCAGCUGCCCACAAUGGACUUUACGGCUUCAAGCCAACGCUCAAGCGUAUCUCAACUAUGGGCGCACGAGCAGUGAUGAUUGGCAAGGAGACCGUCUCUUCUACACCAGGCCCAAUGACUGUUGACCGCGAAACCCUUGAGCUGUUCAUGAAGGUGGCUCUCGCAUCAAAGCCCUGGCUGACCGACCCCUCUCUGACCGCCAAGGAAUGGACGCCUUACAAGUUCGACAGACCCCUCAAGGUGGCUAUUCAAUGGUGGGAUGGUGUCGUACAGCCUCAUCCUCCGAUGACCAGGGCCCUACAAGAGGUCGCCGAAGCGUGCCGUAAAGCAGGCAUGGAAGUCGUGGACUGGGACUGUGAGCCGUUGGAUCACAAGCUAGGCUGGGAGAUCCUCUCAGCAUUGUACUGGCCCGAUGGAGGUAAAGAGGCGCUGGAUCUUAUGGAGGCAGCGGGUGAGCCUAUUCUGCCUUUGACCAAGUUCAUCAUCCAGGAGCAGCCCAGUGUCAAGAACUUGAAUAUGCACGAGCUUUGGGAGCUCUGCACCAAGCGCGACAACUACCGCGCUGCGUAUGCGAAAGCUUGGUCAUACACAGCAAACGACGGUGGAAGAGAAGUCGAUGUAAUCAUUUGUCCUCCCUUCCCCGGCGCAGCAGCACCACAUGACCAAUCUCGCUACUGGGGAUACACGUCUCAUUGGAACUUACUUGACUACCCAGCAGCUGUCUUCCCGGUGACAACAGUCGACCCUCUGAAAGACCCCAAGGACGUCGAGUAUGUCCCCAAGAACGACCAGGACAAACUCGUGUAUGACAUGUACACGCCUGAGAAGUUUGCCGGCAUGCCUAUCAAUCUGCAGGUGGUUGGCCGAAGACAGUAUGACGAGAAGGUUCUUGCUGCAUUGGAAGAGAUUGAGCAUGCAAUGGGGAGAAAGUGA